AUGUCAGAUUUUUAUCAGCUGACUACUUCAACAUCUGAUUUUAAAUCACGUUCAAAUGAUAUAUUUGAUAAAUUAUCAAAUCUCGAAAAACAACAUGAUGUACAUUCGAAAACUAAUACUCCUAUAUCUGUACCUGAUGAUGAAAUACCAUCAUCAUCAACUUAUAAAAAUCCAAAUAUUCCAAGUCAUGCAAUUACAUUUAAAAAACGUCCCGCUGAUGAUACAACAUUUACUCGUCCAAUGAAUAAAUGGAAAAAAUAUGAUUUAGAUGAUGUUAAUGAACAUCAUUUAAGUAAUAUGGGUAAUCAACAUGCAUUAAAUGAUUUUCUUCGUACACGUGUUAAACCUUUAAAAACAAACGAAAUUGAAGAAGAAAUUCCAUCAAAACCAAUAUUUCAACGUCCAAUAAAAAAACAAAUUCUAAAAAAUGAUGACGAUGAUGAUAAUGAUCAUGAUCAUUCUAUAUCUAUACGUUUACCAUUAUCUUCAAAUACAACUGGAACAAAGACUGAAAAUGAUAAUAAUAAUGAUGAUGAUGAUGAUGAAAGAAUUGAAUAUAAAUUAAAAUCUAUUCGUAAACAACAUCGUGGUGUUUUAAGUACAAAUGAAAAAAAAUCAAUUAAACCUUCAAUUGAACUUUUACAAGAAAAAGAUAAUGAAGAUAACGAUGAUAAUGAUGAUGACAAAGAAGAAGACGUUAAUGAUGAACUUGUCGAACCUUGA